GCUUGAAAGUGGUGGAAAAGUUAGACUGCCUGUUGUAGGAGAGGAGAGAGUUGGAGUUAAUUCAGUAGUUUUCAUCCAUUUAGAUUUCCGAGCAAAUGGUACGUGAACAAUAUACCACAACAACACCAGGCACUAGCCUAGAGAGGCCAAAGAACCAAUAUGUCUACAAAAUUGGCAUUUAUGGAUGGAGAAAGCGUUGCCUUUACCUGUUUGUCCUCCUCCUGCUUAUCAUCCUUGUUGUGAAUUUCUCAUUGACAAUUUGGAUUCUUAAAGUGAUGUGGUUUUCUCCAACUGGAAUGGGACAUCUUCGUGUUACUAAAGAAGGACUCCGCCUGGAAGGAGAGUCAGAAUUCUUAUUCCCUUUGUAUGCCAAAGAAAUUCACUCUAGAGAGGACUCAUCCCUGCUUCUCCAGUCUACUCAUAAUGUGACUGUGAAUGCUCGCAAUUCUAAUGGAGAAGUCACAGGCAGAUUAAACGUGGGUCCUAGGAUGGUAGAAUUCCAUGGUCAACAACUUCAGAUCAACUCCAAGGAUGGCAAGCCACUUUUUACAGUGGAUGAAGAUGAAGUUGUAAUCGGUACAGAUAAACUUCGAGUCACAGGGCCAGAAGGAGCUCUUUUUGAACAUUCUGUUGAGACGCCACUUGUCAGAGCUGAGGCUUUUAAACAGCUUAGGAUUCCAGAGAAAUUAUCUCCACCCCUCCGGACUGGACUCAAUGACAGAGCGAUCGCCUCCAUCUCUUCACUGGCUCUCUCCAGACUGGAAUCACCAACUCGAUCUUUGAGCAUGGAUGCACCAAAAGGAAUUAACAUUAAAGCCCAAGCUGGGAAUAUUGAAGCACUUUCUCAGAUGGAUAUCAAGUUACAGAGUAGUGAUGGAGUGCUUUUGCUUGAUGCUGAAACAGUACGACUACCCAAAUUGCCUCAAGGGACAACGGGUGGACCUGGUUGGUCUCAGGGACUCUAUGAGAUCUGCGUUUGUCCAGAUGGAAAGCUUUAUAUGUCAGUGGCUGGCGUGAGUUCCACUUGCCAUGAAUACAGUCAUGUCUGUCAAUAAAACACCUAAA